AUGGAGAAACUCAACUCGGAGGAUGGUCAACUUUUCAUCAAGAAUCUCGCCAGCUUCGUGCGAACUCAUGAAAAAGCCUUGGCCAACGCUCUGCAGCUGAGACGCCAGUCCGUCCCCUCCAACAACUAUGCAUCCUCUACCUCAUCUACCCUAGCCGCCGCCCUUUCCUUUGGCGCCUUGAAGUUUACCUCGCAAAACGUGAAACCAGCCAAGCUGACCCUUACCCCGCACCACCUCUUCUACCUACUGUCCCAGUUCGAGGACCUCUCCAUUGCGGUGGGCUCUAUGAAUGUUCGCUUAGAGAACAUUCACAAUGACUCAUCCUCCUCGUAUGUGUCAUUCCUGAAUCAGCCACGUCGUACCCGUGGCGAUCGCGAUUCUAUCCACUCCGUAUCCAGCGUUCGUAGUGUCAUGUCUGGUAUGAGCGCCGUCUGGUCUUCCUUUGGACUCGGCUCGAAAGAUUCCGUCACCAAAUCCGAAAAGGCAAAGGCUGCUUUGGAAGCCGACCUUAAGUACCUGUACUCUGCAUUCACUAAGAUCCCCUGUCUGCGCCUCGCCCCGGAUCGUCGAGCUCGUCUCAUCCGCGGCUACGAGGAAUUUCCCCUGGAUACCGCAGUUCCGUUACACGCGUUCAAGAACUUGAGUGCUCUUGAGAUCAUUGAUAUCGACUUUCGCUCCUUUUAUGGUUGGGACAGGCUGUCUGAGCAACUGCGCACGCUCACCUUAAAACGAGCCAACAUCAAUGACCCAGCCGACCUGUUGACCAAGAUCGUUCUGGAUGACGUUGACAAACGUCGACGCCGCUCGUCAAAGUCUCACCCUUCGCCUAUCCCUGGUGGCAGCAUGGCAAGCACUCCCCAGCCAGUUUACAAAUACGAUGAGACCAGUAGUACCAGUAACACACAUAAACCCGUCUCGGCACCAGGAUCCCCCAGCCUUAGCAGCAACCUAGCCACCAGUACCAGCCCCAAAUCUAUUCCCAUGAUCCGAGGAGGGUCCGAAGGCGAACGGGGACAUCGCCGAACAGGCAGCUACUCUCCUACGCGUCCGCAGACUUCGUCGAGACAACAUACUCAAAACCGUCACUCUCGUGGGCAUUCGAUCAACAAGGUAGCGCGGUCUAGCUCGGGCAGCUCAAACUCGAGCGAGGUUUCGCUUCAUGGAAACCGCAGCUCGUCAAACCUCUUGGCUGGGGUAUUGCCUCCAACCAAAUGGCGUUUCCUGCGUCAUCUGGGAUUGGCCGACAAUUCUUUGACGACUUUGCCAUCAGACUGCUUCAUGCCGGUUGCCAACACAUUGCACUCCCUUGACUUGUCGUCCAAUCUGUUUGCCGAAAUCCCCGAUAGCUUGCCGUCUUUGGUGGCGCUGCGAGCAUUGAACCUCUCCAAUUGCAUGAUCAACUCACUGCGGUCGAUUGCGAAGAACCCGCUACCCGCAAUUACUGCCCUCAACCUUCGCGGAAACCGAUUGUCAUCGCUCGCUGGAAUUGAACGACUCCUUUCGCUGGAGCGUCUUGACCUUCGCGACAAUAAUCUUACGGAUCCUACAGAAAUUGCCCGGCUGACAGGUCUCCCUGAGAUACGAGAGAUUUGGGUCUCGGGCAAUCCAUUCACCAAAACCCAUCCCAACUACCGGGUCACCAUAUUCAAUCUCUUCCGUCGUACUCCCGGAUUCACCGAAGACAUCAUAAUUGAUGCAUCGGGUCCAGGAUAUAGCGAACGAAAGCAGUUGGUAGAGCGUGUUGCUGAGCCGGAGUCUGCGCCGGUUGUCCGACCGGUCGACCCCGAGCCAGCAAAGACUGUGAGCAAGGUGCCAGCACCAGCGCGUCCGGAACUAUUGUCCCAAGACAUUUCCUCCGCCGCUGCCGUCGUAGCAGCAACAGAAACAACGGGAGCCACCGGGACGACACACCGGAAAAGAGGCAAUCGUCGACGUAUUGUUGACUUGUCUCGAGAAGAAUCUGUAACGCAAGUUUUCACUUCUCCUUCCUCAUUACAAAACAAACCUUUGCCCCCUGAUCCUCCUGUGCUGGUCGAUCCAUUCACUGCGAGCGGACCGACAAGGCCGAAGGAGAAUGCAACAACAUCACCUGUUGAUGUUGAACCGGUGAAAAAACCAAUCACUCAACCUGUGUCUCAAAAUCAGAAAGUUCUACCAGCUAAGCAGGAUGCUAUAGAUUGGAACGCCAACUUCAGUCUGGGUGGUGAAAGCAAUAUAUUUCGUCCAAGACUAGAAGCCGUCCAUAACAACAGCAAUAGCAACAGCAACAACAACUGGCUCAGCGUGCUUCAUGAGGGGAACUGGCAGACGCAACCCCCUAGACCGCAGGCGAAUUUGUCGGCUGUUCCGCGGACAGGCACAGUAUUUGACGCAUCUAUGAUUCGACCGGAUGCCGUCAGUCGUCCCGAGAGUCACUUGCUGGUUAGUGGUCGGACAGUGGGUUGA